AUUUUAACUUCAACUUCACAAAAAAACAAAGACCGAAAAGAAAAGAAAAGAAAAGAAAAGAAAGAGAAAAUAAGAAGUCAUUUAUUUUUCUCCUUCACAUAGUUCAUUUUUUUUUCCUUGCCGGAAAAUGAAUAUUCCGGCGACAUAUUCCUUUCUUCAUAAAUGCAAUGCUUGUGUUUCAGCUCAUUAUAGUCACGUUUUCCAUGAAAAAUCUUCACCAAAAGAACACUCAUUCUUUUCUUUUUCUCAGCUCUAAAGAGAGUUAAGGUAUCCAAAAGUCCAUCAGUUUUUUUUUAUUUUUUUGAGUUAAACUACAUAUGUGAAAGCUUUGAUCGAUUCCAUGAGUAAAUGGUGCUGAUGUUCAUUGGAUAAAGAAAAUGGAGUAGGUGAAUUUUGAUAAUUAAUUUUCUUGUAUUUGUGAGCUUUUUUGUGAGUGUGAGGAUUUAGGCUGGUUUUAGAUGCAAAAAAUUUAGCUUUAGAGCAUUAAUUUUAUAAGAUGCCUCCGAUGAAAAUUCAACCGAUUGAUUCUUCAACAUACAGAGAAUCAUCAUCAUCAUCAUCGAUCCAAAACGACACCGCUGCAAAGCCGCCAGUGGUGAAAUCACGACUUAAAAGGUUCUUCGAUCGGCCGUUCCCUAGCGUCUUACGGAUUUCAUCGGCUGCGACAGAGAAGCCGAAUGUAUGCUCCGGCGCCGGUACUGAAUUGCUGCCGGCGCCAGCGCCAGCGCCGGUAGUGACUGAGUUUGAGCCGAGCUCAGUUUGUUUAGCUAAAAUGGUUCAGAAUUUCAUCGAAGAGAACAAUGAAAAGCCAUCUGUUGCUGCUAAAUGUGGUCGAAAUCGUUGUAAUUGUUUCAAUGGAAACAAUAAUGAUAGCUCUGAUGAUGAGUUUGAUUUUGGUGACUCACUUAUAACGCCAAAUUCCUCUUUUGGCGAUUCUAUCGAUGUUCUCAAGAGCUUAAUUCAGUGUGCAACGGUUGUUGAGAGAAAUCUGUUAGCUGAUACUUCGAAAAUUGUUGAGAAAAACAAAGCUUGUAAGCGUAAAGACGAUUUGAGAAAAAUCGUCACCGAUGAACUAUCGAAACUUGGCUACAAUGCUUCCAUUUGCAAAUCCAAAUGGGAAAAGGCUUCUUCUAUACCUGCAGGUGAAUAUGAGUACAUCGAUGUGAUUGUGGAAGGUGAAAGAGUAUUGAUUGAUGUAGAUUUCCGCUCAGAAUUUGAGAUUGCUCGAUCAACUAGUAGUUACAAAGCGGCUCUUCAAUUGCUUCCAUUCAUCUUCGUAGGUAAAUCCGAUCGGCUUCUGCAAUUAGUUUCCAUCGUCUCUGAAGCGGCUCGGCUUAGUUUAAAGAAGAAAGGUAUGCAUAUCGCUCCUUGGCGUAAAGCCGAGUACAUCAAAGCCAAAUGGUUCAGUCCACACACUCGAACCAAACAAAAUGAUACCGCACCUGAAGUUGAAGCCGAAGCCGAAGCUGAGAGUGAGGUGAAGGAUGAUGAGUUAGCGGAGAGCAAAGAGAUAUCUGAUUCUGAAUAUGGAGAAUUAGAGCUGAUUUUUGGGGAGAAAUCUUCACCGUUGAUUUCACCGCCGCCGCCGGAGAAAGUUUCCGGCAGCGAGGAAGAGAAGCCGGUAAAGCCGGUAAUGAUGACGUGGCAACCUCCAGCAUUGAAACCGAGAGGAAACAAGGUCGUCGUUACCGGAUUGGCUUCUCUUCUCAGGGAAAAGCCCUAAGAAAUUUUGUUUCUUUUUUUUCUUCUUUUUUUUUUCUGAUGAAUUUUCUAACUUUUUGGGGGAAAAAUUCUAGUACAAAAAUAUAUAAAUAUAUAAAAAUAUAGAGAGAGAAGGAUCGGAGUUUCAGAUAUAGUAGAUCGGAAACCCUUUUUUUUUCCUUUUUCCGUUCUCCGUUGUUAUGUCCUUUUAAUUUUGUCUAGCGAGGGUCUGUAAUAAGAAUCUAGAACUAUCCUUGCUGUAAUAAUUUUGCAAAGAAAAAAAUAGAGAACAAAUUAUUACUAGUA